GGCAAGGCAACAUGUAGUCUCUGGGAUGCAGAGAGUGGAGGGCGAUUUUCCAUGCCACGAUGCCACUGAAAGUCUUUCACACUUUCUCAAGAAUGCUACAAUUUGAUAACCGUGAGUCAAGACCUGCAAGACGUGUGAGAGACAAACUGGCAGCCAUAAGAGGUCUGGGAGAAGUGGGUGGAGCCAUAAGAGAGGUCUGGGAGAAGUGGGUGGAGCCAUAAGAGAGGUCUGGGAGAAGUGGGUGGAGUCAUAAGAGAGAACUGGGAGAAAUGGGUGGAGUGUCUGCCAUAACUCUACAACCCUGGGCCUGAAGUAACAGUGGAUGAGCAACUGGUUCCAUUCAGAUGUACAUUUUUAUUCUCAUAUCUGUAAUGUUGCUGUCCUUUCCGGCAGUAUAUGCCCAGCAAGCCAGCAAAGUAUGGCCUCAAGAUAUGGGUGGCCUGUGACGCACAAUCCAGCUAUGCUUGGAAGAUGCAAGUCUUCACAGGGAAGCCGACCAGUGGAGGCCCGGAGAAGAACCAGGAGAUGCGGGUUGUGGUUGAUGUGACAGAUGGACUGAGGGGGCACGAUGUCACGUGUGACCAUUUCUUCACCUCUUAUGAGCUCAGCCCGCAGCUCCUGAAGAGGAAGAUCACCAUGGUUGGCACAGUUAGAAAGAACAAGCCUAAGCUCCCCUCUGCACUCCUCGCAACAAAGGUGAGAGAGGACUUCUCAUCAAAGUUUGCCUUCACCCCCACCACCACUCUAGUUUCUUACCUCCCAAAGAACAAGAAUGUGGUCCUCCUGAGCACACUGCACAAAACGACUGAGAUCAGUGAUUGUGAGGACAGGAAGCCAGUCAUCAUCCUGGACUACAACCACAACAAAGGAGUUGUGGACAACCUGGACAAGGUGAUUGGAACUUACAGCUGCAGGAGGAUGACCACCCGUUGGCACCUGGUCUUCCAUCUUCCAUAACAUCAUUGAUGUGUCCUCAUAAAAUGCCUUUGUGAUAUAGAACAAGAUCAACCCUACCUGGGUGCCUGAUAAGCGGAACAAGAGGAGAGUGUUCCUGGAGCAGCUGGGAAAGGCACAUGUAACCCCACACAAUCAAAGAAGGGAGCGCCUCCCCUGCACAGCAGCCUCUGCAGCGCUUGUGAGAGCUGUUCAGGGGGCUGAAUCUUGUCCUGAUCCACCGGAGGCUGCAGCUGGGGCAGGCAAGAGGAGGAGAUGCCAAUUCUGCCCCCCAAAGGAGGACUGAAAAACACAUACUAUGUGCUGCACAUGGGAGAAAUACAUCUGCAGUCCAUGCACACACACUUGCAUACUGUCCUACAUGUGCUAAUUAGAGUUAAUUAGAGUUGAUUGAUUUAUGUUCUUCACAUUUUUGUAUUGUAUCUAGUAUCUUAUUUUAUUAUUAUUUAUUGUUGUUGUUUAUAUACCUUGUGGGUGGGGGGAAAUGGUUUUAAAAAAUGGGAGAAGACUAGUAUUUUGUAGUUGAAUUCCUCAUUGUACAGUAUAUAAGAAUAUAUCACUAUGUUGCCAAAAAAUGUCAAGACUGUUAUUGUUUCCCUUCAAUAAAAUGCAUUCA